GCCGGGUGGCGGAUAUGAAGGAGAGUGUUUACAAGCUGCGCCGAGGCGGCCACGCUCACGUCGCGAGGCGUAGUUACCCACACAUUUCACCAUGAAGUCCAAGACCAGGAUCGUCCAGAUCUCGAAUAUAGCCCCUCAGGCUACCAAGGACCAGAUGUCGACGCUGUUUGGGUUCCUAGGGAAGAUAGAAGACAUCAGACUGUACCCCACAAUUCGUGAUGUUGCUAUACCAGUCCAGUCUCGCAUAUGCUUCCUUAAGUUCCAUGACCGGGAGAGUGUUGCAGUGGCUCAGCAUCUCACCAACACAGUUUUUAUUGACCGGGCCCUCAUUAUCAUACCGUUCACUACGGGAGAUAUGCCCGAUGAGCAGCGAGCCAUGGAAAUUCUUGGGACUGGUGGAACAAUUCCUGGAAUAGGACAAGAAGCCAAAUGGCCUGCACAUGUUACUAAUCAGAUUGAUGGAAUUGUUCUGCAGACCAUUGAUCCACAUCUUUCAGAGAAUGAUCUUCCAGAUUACCCACCACUACCAGCAACAACCGAGUCCCAUAAAAUAAAUGAAAUUCGACGUACUGUUAUAUUUGACAAUCUUGAGCCAAAUAUAACUUCAGAUCAAAUAAUGGAAAUAGCAGCCAAGGCUGGUGAAGUUCGAUAUCUUCGAUUAGGCAUGGAGCACGAUUGCUCAAAAAAUGCUCUUGUGGAAUAUUCUGAGCAGCCUUCUAUAAUUAAUGCUCUCAAGAUGCACCAUCAAGAACAUUUGGGUCGGUUAAUCAAGGUUAAUCAUUCCAAUGUAGCAAUUAUGAAGCCUCAAACAAAGAGUAAUGAGGCUGCACAACGGGAGAUAGAGGAAGCAAUGCGACGAGUGAAAGAAGCACAAAACUUCAUAGCUUCAGCUAUUGAUCCUGUCAUGUCAUUCCUUGAUUCAUCAAAGGAGAAAAGAUCGAGGUCUAGAUCACGGAGCCGAUCCCGAUCACGACGCCGCACUAGGUCUCGAUCUCGACGCUCCAGGUCUCACAGGAGAACCCGUUCUCGCUCACAUCAUAGAACCCGAUCAAGGUCACGGUCCAGAGACCGACACAGACGUUCACGCAGUCGCUCACGCAGGAAGAGAUCAUCCUCAAAGACCCGAAAGAGGUCUAGGACAAGAUCUCACUCUCGAAGGAAGUCGCGUUCAAAGUCUCGCUCCAAGCGAUCUCGAUCCAAGUCCAAGGCCAAGUCCAGCUCCUCACGAAAAGAGAAGAGCAGCAGCAGUAGUAGUAGUAGCAAGAGUAAAGAAAAAGAUAAAGACAAAAGCAAGGAUAAGGAUAGAGAUAAGGAUAAAGACAAGGACAGAGCUAAGGAUAAAGAUAAGGACAAGGACAAAGACAAAGAUAAAGAUAAGGACAAAGAUAAGGACAAGGAUAAAGACAAGGAUAAAGACAAGGACAAAGAUAAAGACAAAGAUAUAGAUAAGGAUAAGGAAAGGGAUAAAGAUAAGGAAAAGGAUAAAAAAGAAGAGAGAAAAUUAGAAGUCAUCAAGGAAGAAGAACCAGAGUCUAGCAAGGUGGAGGAAGUCAAGAAGGAGGAUGCUAAACCUGAGGAACCAAAGGAAAAGGAGAAGGAGAAAGAAAAGGAGCCGGAGAAGAAAAAGGAGACUAGCAAAUCCCGUCGCACACGUUCUCGUAGUCGAUCUCGUGAGCGUAAGAGCCGGCGAACGCGGUCGCGCUCUCACAGCAAGAGAGGUUCACGGUCGCGCUCGCGGUCACGAAGUCGUACCAAACCAAAAAGGUCACAUAGGUCAAGAUCUAGGUCACGCUCACGACGCAGAUCUCGCAGUAAAUCUCGCUCCCGCAGGGAUCGUUCCAGAGAUCGUCGUGGUCGUUCGCAUGAACGAUCAAGGCGAAGGUCAAGAUCGUCUUCAAGAUUAAAGACGGGAAAAUCCAAAGACAAGGAAUCUAGCAAAAAUGUUGGUGUGGCGCGUUCACAAAGUCGUGCUCAGAAGCCGAUUUUGCCGCCGCUGCCCCCAUUCAUCAAAAAGAAGGAGUCACGGCGCGAUCGUAGCCGCAGUCGAGAUAACAAAGACAAAGAAAAAGAUAAGGACAGAUAUAAGGAAAAAGACAAAAAGGAUAAGAAGAAAGAUAAGAAAGAAAAAGAGGAGAAAAAGAAAGAAUUGAAGGUAUCACGGGAUUAUGAUGAAGAGGAGCAGUUAGGAUGUGAUGGAGAGGAUGAGAAGGGGAAGAAGAAGGAAAAGGAGGAGGAAGACACAAAGGAUAAAGGAGAAACAGUUGAUAUGGACAUCUCUGAUUCCCCGUGAUUACAGGGCUUUCCUGUAAGACUAAAUAUAAAUAUAUGAAGUAAGACUGCCUGGUCAUACUCGAUCAUUGGAUAUACUGUAUAUGGGAAAUAUUGUUGGUUAUAGAUAAAUCAACCAAUUUUGUCAGGUUAUUCUAAGAAGGUGUUUAAAUUAAUAAUUUUGUUUAAUAUUUCAAUUAAAUGGGUCUCUACAUUUUUUAUUUUAAACUAAAAAAAAUUAGUACACAGAGGAUAAAUAUUUACAAUUUUCUGGCCUGCUGAGAAAGUUUGGUUAAAUUCAAGUUUAGGUUAAAAUAUGCUAUUGAAAUGUUUUACUUAAAGCAGUAAUGAAAAUUUGGCAUGUCAUGUUUUAUAUUGCUACAAGAGAAGGAUCACGCUAAAUUACUUUUGUGUAAUAUGUUGUUGAUUCAGUACUGUGAGUGAAUUUAUUGCGUGUAUUGUGCCUGCAGCCUUAAAACCUUUAAAGCUUUUCAUAUUGACUUGAGUAUUACUAUUACGUUCAGUAUCUUGUACUUAGUAUCUCACGCGUUGCUGAAAUUUGUGUACGUGUUUAGUUAUACAUACAUAUAUAAAUACUGUAUAAAUCAUAUCUCUGCCAUGUCAUGCGAUAUGGCAUGACAUAUCGAAUGUCAUGCAGGGCAUGACAUUCAAAAACAUUACAUUGACCUAAUAAUGUACUCAAAAUCCAUAUUUUGUAAUGGUGUUUUGCCACUAUGCUAGGUAGCUAUUGCAUAGAAUUUCUGAUUAUUUUUGUAUGAUCAGUUCUUUCCCUUUAAAUUUUUUUUCAUAAUUCUUGCCAAUUCAUUUAAAUAUGUACAGUAUAAAGGUUAUAUAACCUCCAUGAGUAUAUUCAUGUACAGUACUGUAUACAAUGUGUAAUUUUGUCAAUUACUUUGUCGAGUAGUACACACAUGUACCAGCCCGUCUUCCUGACGUUUCCCAACGUCAAGAAAACGGUUAGUUUAAAGUGUCCUUCAAGUAUGUCACAGUACGUCACUUUCACGACCCUCUUCCAUUUUCUAGUAUGAUCAUUUUUGCCCUUCUGUAACGCAUAUGAUCGAUAUGCGAUGUUUGUAAGAUAGGUUGUAUGUUCAGCUUCGAACACUACCCUUUGCUUUGCUACAUUGCACUAUAUUUUUUUUUUUCCCUCCUUCCCUGCCGUCACUUGCAUCUUUAUUGUCAUAGAAUGUUUUCUAUGAGAUUUAAAAUUUCUGUAAUAAGAGCUUCCCUCUACAGUAUUCUACAUGUAUAUAGACUUUUCAUUGUACAGUACAAUGAUGUAUACUUUUAAAUAAUUUGGCUGACAACCCCUUUAGCUUCUCUCCUUUCACUUUGUUAUGAUGAAUGUUUAUUUUCUGUGGCUGCUCCCUCAGUCACUUCCUAGAGUUUAGAUGCUUGUAUCACAGAUCUGCUCGCAACACACCAGGCCUCUGUUCUCCAUUUCUUUCCUGUGGGAUUUGAUUGCUUUCUAGGAGGCUCAUCAGUAUUAGGUGGGUGGGCAGGUUUUUGCCUGUACAUUAAAAAUACAGCAAGGUUGUUGCUAUGGUUGUUAACCCAUAGUUAACUAUCAUUACUCUGUGUUACAACCUAUUUCCUCUGACCAAUAAUAAUAAAACUUUGGGAUUGCAGGGGACAAGGGUAAUGGUUUGCCUGUUUCUGUCGCAACUGUUUAGAUUUCCUUUGUCGUAAGCUGAUCAUGGAUGGUUACUUAUUUCACCCCCAAUUUAAAUGAAUGAUAAUUCUGGCCUUGGUUUCCAGUAGUCUGCUCAAGUUCACAUACUUGGUAUGUUGUGAGACACACUGGUGCCCGCACCUUGACUCGGAGAAUCUGUCAUGUCCUCCAACCAGACUGCUUGCUGUCUCACCUCUUGUGGACCUCUUGUCCAAAAUACUGCCAAAUUUUGUAGUCGAACACCAAUAAUUUGUGCUAAAUGGGGUACUGUAUAAUCUCCACCUAGCAACCAUUAUAAUUCAGUUUCACUCGGUUGAGGCUUUACUGAACAGCCACCGAAACAAUGGGGCUAGGCACUCCAAGUGACUCGUUAACUCAAUUACAGUACUUUAAUUGGAAUUACACUGGAAUUGGAAUUAGCACUGGCACUGUGGGUCUUGGCAACACUGCAGAACAUCCGGUGAAACACAUUCCUUCAAAUUAUGGACCCCACUGCUGCAGACAUAACUCAAAAAUGUUCCAAGUCACUAACCUCCCAGAAUAUGCUCCAAAAGUGUGUAUUUAAUAUAAAUUCAACUCGGUGGCAGUCGAGCAUUCAUAUAGACAAAGAGGACAACAGAAAUCCUUUGCUUCAUGAUAUUUAAUGAAUGAAUGUCACAAGCAAUGUAAUCAUAGCCUCGACUGAAAAUUAAAUGACUUGUACAAAGCAGCUCCCUGCUUGUAUAAGCAUUCAUGCAUGCUUGUACAAAGCAGUUUAUAGGAGCAUUCCCUUGCUCUUAUGAACAAACUUCAUGAAAACUUGACCAUUCGCAUAAAUAAUUGCCAAAACAUGACGCAUCUCGAUUAAAAUAUUCAUGGAUUAAUCGCCACCAAAUCACUGAAUUUCCUCAUUUUUCACUUGUACAUUGUAAAUAAAUAAAAAUUCACAUAAAUCACUAUGCAUAUACAGUAGUAGUAGAAACACAAUAGUAAACAAUGUAGAUAACCUUGCCUUUUUCUGUAAACCUCACUAACUCAAUGAGGGGAAGGAGGGGUUGUCUAGAUACCAUUUAAAUGGAUGUUGCCAUGGCAACUGUCCUACAUUCCCUUGCUGCUCUAACAUGCCACUCCUACUUUGUGCAUUGUCGUCGCUCGGAAAGUCUCGCAGGGCACUUACAGGUACGUCGUGGUUCUCCUUGACAUAAGGCUACCACACAAAUUUAAUGUUGACUGCAGGACACUUUUUUUUUACUACUGAUCACUAGGGAAAUUAUUACACAAUGUAGUUGUUGGGCUGUCACUGCAACUUCUCUACACACUAGAAUCAGUGGCCUUACUCGUAGGCCGUCACUCAAUGUCACUGGAGUAACAGGAAUUUCACUUCCUUGCACUACACUCCCUUAACUUGGCCCAAAUCACUGGCAGUAAUGUCACUGAAGUUACAAAUCAUCACUGGCUUGCACAGCUCUCCUUGCCUAUCUGUUACCGAUCCUUCACUGGCCAGGACUGAUCACUCGGUGCUAAACAAUGCUUUUUUUCUGAUUUACAUGCUUAAAAAUUUAUCGAGUAUGACUUGACAGCAGGAAGAGGAGUGCUGCAUAGAUAGCAUAUUCAUUUGUUGCAUUUCAAGGUAUAUUAAAAUAAGUACAGGUACCUAUAAUAUUAAUGAUAUUCAAAGAAUAGUACAGUAUAAACACUUUUUGAACUUAUAGAAAUAAAGCAAAAUUUGGUAUUCUCGUACAUUAAUAACCCAGUGGUGUUCUGGCACGGAAGUUUUACUUGUAAUACCUCACUAUUUUGUUGUGUAGACAGAUGAUGUAUAAGUUUUUUGUUUUUUAUAUAAAUAUCACGACAAUACUGAUAUACUGUACCGUGUAAAUAUGUUUUAGGCAAGAUACAGUUCAACUUUAGUUGAGACUAGAAACACCCUCAUUGCUACAGUAUCAACCUAUAAUGCUGUACUCUGUGCAUUUUCUUGUGCAGCAUUCAUGUAAGAAAUGUCUACAAUGGGUUAAUACAGUCGUAACAUUUUGGAAUGUCUUGAGGUCAACUUUUAUGUUUGCAUUUUUGUUCCUUUUAGGGAUUUCAUACUUAUGGAAAUGUCACUUUAAACAUGUGAUUAUUAUAUUUAAAAUAAACAAGAAUAUUAUUCAUAUAAAUCAUUGAUUUUUUUUUUUUAAUUGAAAACAAUGUAUAGUAGCUGUUUUUUAUGUAAUAAUAGUUUGUAUUACAUGUAUGGGAAUAAAUAUUUGAUUGAUUAGAAAGUGUCCAUUUUCAUAAAAAAAAUUCUUGUAGUUUAAUUUCACCAAUGAGAAUGUUGAACGCGUUUUCAGCUCAAUUCGCCUUCAUGAAAGCAAAAUUGAAAGUGGGAAGGAAAGAUUUGGCAGAUAAAUCUUAGUCAGCCCACAGGGAAAGACAGGUCACCUGACCACCAAGGUUUUGGAAUGAAACCAUACUUUUAAGAAGGGAAGAAAAAUUAAGAUUAAAGAGAAUGAACAAAUGUACUUUCCUCAAUCAAAAAUGUAGACACAUUGGUACAAAAUAAAAUCUGCAUGUACAACUGAACAGCAAUGAUCUGUAAUUUACAAAUACUACUGUACAUUUAAUGUAUUUUGAAAUAAAUCAAGCUGAAGAUGAAAAUAAGUAUUUUGGGAUUGUGAAGAUGUAAACACUUGAAACCUUUAUAUAAAGAAAGGUGUACUUAGCAUUUAUAGACAGAAAUUCAAAUAAUUUUACAGGUAACGGAAAAAAGCAUAUUCUAUAUAAUACAUUUACAUUCAGUAUUAGACAAAAUACAGUACAGAUAUUUUAACAAUUCAUUCACCUAAACAAACCAAUAUUCUAGUCCAGUCACCCAUCCAAAAUUUGGAUUUGGGUUCAAAUAAGUUAACAUUUGUGGUAAAACUGGAAUUAUUGUAUACUGUACUGUAAUAAUUUUAAGCAGAUUAAUUCCUCUUAUAUUUGUGCUAUUAGCAGAUAUUAACAAAAUAUAGUUUGUAUGUGGUUUUACCAAAUUUAUGUAGUACAGCAGUGUAAAUAGUACUGUAUAAUACAAUUAAUUGGUGACUUAUUUUCUGUGGGUGGUUACCUGCUACCAAUAGUUUGUGACUUAUUUUCUGUGGAUGGUCAUCUGCUACCAAUAGUUUGUGACUUAUUUUCUGUGGAUGGUCAUCUGCUACCAAUAGUUUGUGACUUAUUUUCUGUGGAUGGUCAUCUGCUACCAAUAGUUUGUGACUUACUUUCUGUGGAUGGUCAUCUGCUACCAAUAGUUUGUGACUUGCUUUCUGUGGAUGGUCAUCUGCUACCAAUAGUUUGUGACUUGUUUUGUGGGUGGUCGUUGUCAACAACAAAUUAUCGUCUGUUGUGGUGGUGGUGCAUUUUUUUUUUCAAUAAUUAAUUUUGUGAGUAGAAAAGAUGUUUGCCAGCAAGAGUUGUAUGGCUAGACCAGGUAUCAUAACAUGGACAAACAAAGUUAUAUCUGUAUACAGUAACGAUGCUGGCAGAUACAUUUUAGUGUUGCAUGUGGAUCAUAUCUGACAUUUAAAAAAAGUCAGGGAAAACAGUUCUAAGUGUUGAAAAGAUUGAAAUACAAAUUCUUGGCUCAAAUACUAAUAGGUUUGAUCAAGCAGUUUACAAGCACUGUGCUAUAUAUUUUUCAAGCCACAGGAUUGUUGCCUUCAUUAAGGUAAGUACAAAAUUUAUCAUAAUGUAAAAUUGCAUAACAAGUCAUAAGCUUCUAUAGCAUUUGUUAAUGUGCAAAUUCAUUUUCUAUCAAUUGUUCUAAGAAGGUUCGUAAACAGUUGUAAAUAGUCCCCAAGAAGUAAAAUAUUUGAAAAUCCAGAUUUUGUGUAAAUCUGAAUCAGGUCAGAAAUUAUAGUUUGGAUUUUGCAAACUACACUGUACAGUAAUUAUAUAGUACAGUAUAUAUAUAUAUAUUCUACAUGAUAGCCAGAGUUGCUUAACAAGAAGAAUGUCCUUAUACUAUAGAGUAUUGUAUUUUACACUUUUCUAAAAUAACGUGUUGUGGGCUGUUAAGAUAUUUUCAUUGUAAUGCAACCUACAUCAAAUUUUUUGUUUCCAACUUGAACCAAAAAUUACUUAACAUGCGUCUUAUUCCAGAAAUAUCCCAAACCAGUAUUAUUAAUAAAUUAUUGUUCUCAGUGA